CACCAGUCUUAUCAGUUGCUGUCUGGCUGCUGCUUCACCGCCCGCUGACAGCCAGUAGCUGUUGUAUUUCUUGCCACCGCUCGAAUGCAAACCGAGUAACUAACUUUUUAGCGAAAGUGAAAACUUCAGGAGUGAAACACAAACUAUUUUGUACUUGUUGCGCGUCUCCAUGGACACUGUUCAGAAAAUGGUGUCUGGAUUUGCUCUGGACCUGGGACCCUUGAAAGAGCCUCUUGGAUUUAUUCGUGUCCUAGAAUGGGUGUUUACCAUCUUUGCCUUUGCCACCACUGGAGGUUACCUGGGGAAGAGCCACUUUACUGUCAACUGCCCAGGAGCCAAAGAGCCGGUGGACGCAACAGCUGAGUUUGGCUACCCAUUCAGGUUGCCAGCGAACCCAUAUUACAUACCCACAUGUAACGGUGGUCCAGCCAAUGAGACCUUCCUGCAGGGCGACUUCUCCUCCUCGGCAGAGUUCUUUGUGUGUGUCGGUGUGUUUGGGUUCCUUUAUUGCACCGCCACACUGAUCCUCUACCUGGGCUACCAGAACAUCUACCGCCAGACUGCCCGCGGGCCCAUCAUAGACCUGGUGGUGACGGCUGCCUUCGCCUUCCUGUGGCUCGUGUCCUCCUCAGCCUGGGGCAAAGGCCUGACUGAUGUCAAAUGGGCCACUAACCCGGAGCACCUCGUGGAGAUAUGUAGCGAUGUCUGUAAGCCAGGAGAGUUUCCUUCCAUGGGCCGCCUCAACGCCUCUGUGAUAUUUGGCUUUUUGAACUUGAUCCUGUGGGCAGGUAACUGCUGGUUCAUUUACAAGGAGACUCCUUUCCACAAGGAUCCCCUCCCACCAGCCACCAUGGACAAGGAGGGGCCCCUGGGCCCCAGCCACAUCACUGAGGGUCCCUAAGCUUAACCCUGUGCCCACAGCAGAAACAUGCCCAACACUGGUCUCCAAUGUUCACCUGCAGAAACGUAAACAAAAGGAAGGCAAUUGUCCCAAAAACUCCCCUAUACCUCCCAACACCUGUCAGAGCUAUAUACUGAAGUUGAGGGUGUUUAGCUCGAGUUAACAUCGUCCCCAACGAGUGAUCAACCCCGCUCAUUUUUUCUUUCUCAGUCAGAAUCAGUUGUCACUGUCUGCGGGGCUGGGCCAUAUAGAAAACAUCAAAUAUUAUCAUAUAUUUGACCAAAUACCUCAACAUCGAUAUUGAAACGAUAUUGUAGGGUCAACUAUUGGUGCUUUCACCAAAUAAAUACAUAAUAGAUUUUUGAUAAUUGUUCAUCAGUAAUAAUCAGUAAUAAAACAA